CCUCCGCGCCCCUAGGCCGAGCCGGCGUUCGUUAACCAUUACCGGGGAGGUUAACGGGGAGGGGCGGGCGGAGGUGCCGAGACUCCCGGGGCCGCCAGCGCCGCCGACCAGCGUCCGCAGGGCACGGGCAGGAUCCAGCCGUUCCCGAGGUCGCGGCGGCCGCCGGCAGGGAGGAGAGCCAGCGCGGAGGGCACCCCUCGUCGGCCAUGGGGGUGGGAGACGUGGUGAGGGAGGAGCUCGGCAGCCUCCACGGCAUCCCCCUCUACAAGUCCUUCGUGGAGGGCUGGCCGCAGGUGGAGGCUUUCCAAGCCCGGCCGGAUGACCUGCUCGUCGCCACCUACCCCAAAUCGGGCACGACGUGGCUCAGUGAGAUCCUGGACAUGAUCUACCACGACGGCGAUGUGGAGAAGUGCCGGCGGGAUGCCAUCUUCAACCGGGUGCCCUUCCUGGAAAUGAAGGCCCAGGGGGUGCUGAGCGGCGUCGAGCUGCUGGAGAAAACUCCAUCCCCGCGGCUGGUGAAAACCCAUCUCCCCGUCCAGCUUCUCCCGACCUCCUUCCGGGACAAGAACUGCAAGGUCAUCUACAUGGCUCGCAACCCCAAGGAUGUCGUCAUCUCCUACUACUACUUCUACCAGAUGGCCAAGAUGCACCCUGACCCUGGCAUACUGGGAGAGUUCCUGGAGGCCUUCAUGGCUGGCAAAGUGGCCUACGGGUCCUGGUAUGAGCACGUGCGGGGCUGGUGGGAGAAGAAGCAGGAGAAGCAGCUCCUCUACCUCUUCUAUGAGGACAUGAAGAAGGACCCACAGCGGGAGUUGCAGAAGAUCCUGCGGUUCCUGGGCAAGGAGGCACCAGAGGGAAUGGUGGAGAGCAUCCUCCACCACACCUCCUUCCAGGAGAUGAAGAAGAACCCCGCCGCCAACUACGAGACCAUGCCCACUGCUCUGAUGGAUCACAGCCUCUCCCCCUUCCUCCGGAAAGGGAUCUCUGGGGACUGGAAGAACCACUUCACUGUAGCCCAGAAUGAGCGCUUUGACCAGCACUACUGGGAGCACAUGGCGGGCUCCGACCUCUGCUUCCAGAUGGAGCGCCGGGACCGUGUCGCUCCGUGUCCCUUCCCUCUGGACGCCCCCCCGGGCCUCCCGCAGCCCCAGGCGCCUCCCCGCGCCUCCAUCUUCCACGCGGGGCAGGGAAAUAACAAAUCCCGCCCCCGCAAGCUGCGGGCGAAGCUCUGCCUCCUCCCUGCCAGGGCGCCAGAGGAAGAGGAAGGUGGCCCCGUGAUGCUCCCUGCUGCCAGCCAGCCCCCUCCCCGCGUCCCCAUCCCCAGCAGGAUGGCCGAUCCAGACACCUACCUGCGGCAGCCUUGGCGCAUGGUGCACGACAUCCCCAUGGUCAGCGCCUUCUCCCACAACUGGGAGCGGAUUGACAACUUCCAGAGCCGCCCCGAGGACAUCGUGGUGGUCACCUUCCCCAAAUCUGGCACCACCUGGGUCAGCGAGAUCGUGGACAUGAUCCUGAAAGGCGGCAACCCCGAGAAGUGCAAGCGGGACAUUAUCAGCAACAGGGUGCCCAUGCUGGAGUUUGCUGCCCAUGGGAAGAUGCCGGCAGGCACAGAGCAGCUGGAGGCCAUGGCAUCCCCUCGCAUCAUCAAGACCCACAUCCCAGCUCACAUUUUGCCUAAAUCCUUCUGGGAAAACCGCUGCAAGAUGAUCUACGUGGGGCGCAACGCCAAGGAUGUGGCCGUCUCCUUCUACCAUUUUGACCUGAUGAAUCAGUUCCACCCGCACCCUGGGACAUGGGCCCAGUACCUGGAGGAGUUCAUGGCUGGCAGAGUGGCAUAUGGCUCCUGGUACAACCAUGUCAAGGACUACUGGGAGCGGAGGAAGGACCACCCCAUCCUCUACCUCUUCUAUGAGGACUUGAAGGAGGACCUCCGCCGGGAGAUUGCCAAGAUGGCCCACUUCCUGGGGCAGGAGCUGCCGGAGGCGACGCUGGAUGCCAUCACCCGACACACCUCCUUUGAGGCCAUGCGGGACAACCCCACCACCAACUACAGCAUGGUGCCCUCCUACUUCAUGGACCAUGGCAUCUCCCCCUUCAUGCGCAAAGGCACCACCGGUGACUGGAAGAAUCACUUCACCGUGGCCCAGAGCGAGCGCUUUGACCAGGACUACAUGCAGAAGAUGUCAGACACCGACCUGCGCUUCCGCACCCAGAUUUGAGGAGGCACCGCUGGAUGCCCCCCAAAUCCACCCUGUGCCGACGGCACUGCUGCCGCCACACUGGGGGGGCUCCUUCCCCUCUCCUGGGACUGCUGGAGAGAAAUAAAAUGUUCUCCCUAAUCCCACCAGGGGAUGCUCA